UGUAGUUGGUGACACACCUGUACCAAACACCUUUCUGAAUACCUGGCGCUUAGACAUCAGCAUGCAACAACCAGGCCGGCUGAGGCUGAGGCCGUGGCUGGAGGAGCAGAUUCAAUCUGGGAGGUAUCCAGGGGUCAGCUGGCUGGACCAGUCAGCACGGAUCUUCCAAAUCCCAUGGACACAUGCCGCUCGUCAUGGCUGGAGUAUUGACCGAGAUGCUACACUCUUCAGGAGCUGGGCCACAUACACUGGACGAUACCGUCCAGGCAAAGACAAGCCAGAUCCCAAAACAUGGAAAGCGAAUUUCCGCUGUGCCUUGAAUUCUCUGCCUGACAUCUGUGAGCUGAGGGAGCACAGCAGGAAGAGAGGCAGCAAUGCUUACAGAGUCUACAGGAUGCUGCCCAGCACACAAACACACAGACGCAGGAGAGGGCUGCGGUUCAGCAGGCCCAGAGAAAAACAGGCAAGUUUAGGUGAUGAUACAUACACCAUGCACACUUGGCAACCCACAACAACGAGACCCACUUCAGACUCCCCACAGAGGAUGGAAACCCCUGCAGAGGACAUAUUCAACAGCACACAAACAUAUGGGAUGUGGGAGGCCAAGCCAGAGGACCAGGAACAGAAUGAGGCUGUGUUUAAGUUGAUGGACCACUUAAGCAACGCUGACCUCUGGAACCAAACUGGGGAGCAGAGAAGAUGGAGAACACACACACUGUGGGAUCACUGGCACUGUGCUGGUGAUGAAAACCCAUUCUCUCUGAACCCAGAGAGCUACAGUGAUCUGUUUGGUCCAAACUACAUCAAGGAACUUUCUGAUUGGACCACAAAUCAGCAAACACUGAUGCCUUAGCUGUGCACCCAUGGCUUGUCCUCCUAUACAGUUUGAGUUUACCACGUUUGAUUAAAAGCUGUUCUUACUUCAGGCUUCCUUGCUAACCUCCAGCUGUCUAUCUGCCGAGCUGACCAGUGAAAGAGAGAAACAGGAGAGGGCGAGCGGACAGAUAUAUUGCUCUGUCAGUCAGUCGGUCGGUCAUCCUCUCUGCUGAGCAUGCUGAGAUGAAGAUCCUGUUCCAAGCCAAGCUUUACCUCUGUCAUCAUCACUUGGGUUCACUAUGGUUCAGUGCCUCAAACUCACUGAAGUGACACCAAGCUCACACCACAGCUUACAGAGUAAACAGAUAUCAUUUCGCUUCAGUGCAGGAUCAGUUAUUGCUGUACUAUUUCUUUGAGUUUGACUGGAUGUUUAGCCAACAUGCAGUAAAAUAAAGUGCAGAACACGGAGGCAGGACAUGUGGCUUUAACAGUAUGUGUUUAUGAGUGGAGUUCAAAUCUGACUUAAGCUACAAAAUAUGUGUUUUUUUAGUCCGUAUAUACAGUAAAUGUGUGAUCCCUAUAUGUUUGUGCCUUUGUUUUGAACAAUUUUUAAGAUUUUCUCCAUUAGAUACUCAUGAUAAUUUUGUAUUUUUGUGUUUUGUUUAAAGCAACCAAUGGUGCAGUUUGUCUUGUGUG